UGACGAGCGUCGCCGUUUAGGCUUCGGUGACUUCCUCCUGCGGAUCCAAGGUUACCCUGCGAUCUCUUACUGGCUGGACGGCCGCACGACUAAAUGGUAUUGCGGUCGCAAAUGCUCCCCGCUCCUCUCGCCCGUGGACGAGCUGCUCUGCUUCUCAUGGAUUCCGUCGAGUGGCCUGAGGCAGAGCUCAUCUGAUGGCAGACAUCAACCCGCCUCGUACCGUCGCCCAUCUGAUCCACUGUGAGAGGAAAUAAUUUGACGUGAGAUGAAAAGCCAACAACGACCCUCGUUGCUCGCCUUAUCGGCACUACUGCUCUGCACAUUACACCAGACAGCUGGGUCCCGACGAUUUCAUCGCAGCAGCUCUGCAUCAUCAACCACAACAGCCUCCCCAUCAGAGACUAAAGGCAGGAAUCAUUUGGGGACCCAACACUGGCUAAAACAGACUAACAUUAGUUCCAACUAUGGCAGUCGCCGCUACAAAAGAAGGCCAUCAUCAAAGCAAAAAGAGGGAACAGGUCAAGAGAACAGUUUCUCUUUCAACACCAGUGAUAUUACUGUGAUAUCUGAAAGAUCUGACAGGGCAUCAACCUGGAGCCCGGAGGAAGGGGAGUCACUGUGUGCCUACCGUGUGAUUGAGGGAGGCAUCGGGGGGCAUCUGUGUUUUCGACACAACCUGUUUGGGUACAAGUGUCAUCAGGGAGACUGCAGGUCAGUGGUGUCUUUAGGGAAUCUGGUGGCAAAUGUUCUCAUCAAUGGCAGCGUACUGUUACAGUGGACCUGUGAGGGAGAAUCCUCAACUGCCAGCCGAGACAUAGAGACCCAAGGGACUGCAGCCGGUCAGAAGAGCAGUGGGGAUCCAGGGACCAAUUUAACAAGAGAGGAAACUCGACAAUCAAACACUGUUUUCAGUGGCCGGCGCCUCAGGCGGGGAGGCUUUGAGUUGAGCUGCUGGUGGAAUGGAAGCUACACUCAGUUUGAGUGCGCUAGUGUCCAAUUUGGAUCUGGCUGCAGGGACUUCCUUCUGACUGAGCUGCAUGAGAACAUCCCCUACCGCAUCUGCCUGCGCUCCCUGGUCGGGUCCGAUGAAGGUCAGAAAGCAGACCAGCGGGACUGUGUUGAGUUUACCCUGCCGCCGUCUGGGAUGCUGGACAUCGUGAUUGCCAUGACAACUGUUGGGGGAGCUAUUUGUGUGAUGCUGGUCAUCAUCUGCUUGCUGGUGGCAUACAUCACAGAAAACAUCAUGAGCCCCACCACACAGCACACAUACUACCACACUCACUCAUGUCACUGAUUUUGACGUGACUGGUAAACUUAAACAUUUUACAUUUUGCAUCCGUGAUGACCAUAUUAAAUCCCACAUUCAUAGUCACUCACUUUGCAAUCAGCCACAUACACAUCCUGUUAUGAUUGAAUUGAAGCACAAACUGUGGCUCUGCAAAUAACAUGCCUCGUCCACCUCUGAGAGGAUGCACUGAACCAAAAGUACUGAUAACUUGCAUUUACUAUCAUACAGUAGUUUACUGUGUUGUGUUUUUGUUUAAAGUUGUCUGUGAUUGAGUCUGUCAGUCUGUAUGCUGGCAGCAUUUAUACAGCAAUACAAUCAAUGAGAUGAUCAAAUGACUUUUAGUGGAAACAGCAUUUUUUUGCUAAAUGUGCAGCCUGUGAAAGUGUCCAGAUGUGUGCUGUCUUUACUGUUGCACAGGAAAAUAAAACUUUAUUGAAAUUUCUUUUCUCCACUUGACUAAACCAUCCCAUCAUCUAUUUGUGCUUUUAUGUCCACCUACUACGAUAUGUUUACCAUUUUGUGAAGGGCAAUACAAUCUGGUGUACAAUCUCCACUGUACUAAACAUCUUGAGUAAGAAUGCCUUCAUGUCCAGCUGUCAGUGAAUAAAGUACCGUAAGAUCAUUUGUAAUACUU